CGCAUCAAAAGAGGAUCGCAAAAAGGAAUCGCCCAGAAUUCCUCUCUCUCUCUCUGGGGAGAGAUUUCUCCCUUAAAAUCCCCUUCCACCGAAUUCAUGACCGAGUGACCACAACUUGUUCUUUCUUCUUCUUCUUGGUCCUCUCUAUUUAUCUUACUUCAUCUUUCCUCCAUAUUUAUCAAAUCCCCAUAAUCUUUAUGGAGACUGUAAAUCAAUCCAUUACAAUUUCUGAAAAGGAGGAGGAAUCAUCAGCAUCAUCAUUGGUUGAUAAGUGUACGAUGAUGUCUGAAGCUGAAGGAAUAUGUUCAAUUUGUAUGGACAACAUAGUUCUUCAAGAAACUGCCCUAAUAAAAGAGACGGAGUAUCAGUUAUAUGUUACUCUAUUGUUUUUAUCAUGUAGUGUGACUUGCAUUCUGAGGUGGGCCACAUACGCUAAGGAUCCUUGUUGCCCGCAGUGUAAGCUGUCAUUUGAGUUCCUUCUUCUUCACCGAUCGAUUGAUGGCAGUAUUCAUGACUACAUGUUUGAGGAAAGUAUAUGUCUGCUUCUUAGAGCACCGUGGUUUAAGCCUUUGGAGGUAGAUUCCCAUGAAGAAGAGUCACAUGAACAGCAUAUAGAUAUUUAUGAUUACCAGAUUGAGUAUGACAACGACGAAGAUGAUGAUGAAUACCUAGAGACUAUGAGGGUGAGAAGCUCAUCGAAUCUUCGUAUUGGUAACCGAAUGUGGGGUGAUAAUGGUUUUGUUAGGGGAGGGCGUGUCGAAGCAAGACCUGUAAAUCGUAGCAACUUUCCCAACCUUGAUGCAGGUCCUUCUCGUGGUUCUAAUAAUAAAAACAAAGAGACUACCCCAACAGGGCGAAGAGCAAAGAGAGCAUUGAAGCGUGAAGCUGCAGAUAGGGCCGCUGCUGCAAAAAACCUCCAGUCAUUUAAGUUAUCAGAGAAUUGAUUUCCUUCGCAGGGAAAGUUAAGAUUAUCUUCUCUCCUCUGGAACUGCUGUUAAACAGUGAAAAACAUUGGUAGCUCUUUCCUUCUAAUGUGGCCAACUAUUCUGGUUCAUGUGAUCAUGGAAUAACUCGACGCUCUUGUUUAUUUUCAUUAGGAAUUUAAUUUUUCGUUUCUAAUUUCAGAUCAGUGGAUAACGCAUUGGUUUAAAAACUGUAUAAAAAUUUAGUUUAAUCAUGGAUGUACACUGUGUUGUAAAUUAAUGUGUGGGUUUCACUUAUGCGCCAAGUGCUGAUAUAGAUCUUUCGGUACCAACCUUCAAUUC